AUGAACAGCUCAUCAUUUCACACCGUGACUAUUGCUGGUGGUAUAGGUUUUGUUGGCUAUCACAUUACCGAAGCAUUUUUGAAUGAUGGAUCUUAUAAAGUAAAGGUUCUUCAAAGAAAGCCAGAGAAACAAAAUGAGAAAGUCGCUUUGUUGACUUCCAAGGGUGUAGAAAUUGUUUAUGCAGACUAUAAUCAACAUGAUGAUCUUGUCAAAGCUCUUCAAGGAACCGACGUCGUUAUCAGUGCUUUGAGUCCCGAAACAACUAGCGUUCCUUUUGACUAUGAAGCCAUCCAAUUUCCAUUGUUAACUGCUGCUAAAGAAGCGAAUGUGAAGAGAUUUAUUCCGUCUGAAUAUGGUUUCCUAUAUAGUGACAAUACUCAUAUGAUAACAGAUGGUAAAGCCAAACUUCGCGAAAAAAUAGAAAAUAUUGGGAUUGAAUAUACGUAUUUCUCCGUCGGAUUGCUUCAAGAAUAUGUUAGUUGGCUUGGCUUUGACGUUGAAAAUAAGAAAGCUACAUUCUAUGCGGAUGAAAACAGUAAGAUAUCGAUUACCUCUGUCACUGAUAUUGGAAAAUAUAUAGUUGAGUCGCUUAAAAUGCAAGAAUCGCGCAAUGCUUCGAUUAUGGUCGCUGGCACUACCUUAUCCCUAAAUGAAAUCCUUCAAAAGUACGAAGCGGCUACCGGUUCUAAAUGGGAUGUUAUUAAAGAUAAAGAAGCACAAGAACCGAUGGAUCAAUUUAGAGUCGUCAUUCAGAAAAAUGGGGCGUUUGAUAAAGUUGAUAAUGACAAAUUUAGUUUUCAACCUCGUCCCCUUACGGAGGUUAACACUAAAAUGUAA